AAAGACUGUUGUUUUGGACUUGACAUAGAGGUACCUGCAGCCAUGGGGUCUGACUUGCUUUUGAGGGCUGUUCUUGUCUUCGCCUUGCUGUGUUGUGUGUAUGGCUAUCCAUGGCAUUCUAAAGGAGGCUCUGGUGGCCAACCAUUACAACAGCAGCAAGAUGAAGGUAACCCUGACUUUGACCCAGGCUUCAACGACUGGGUGCAGGCACAGAUGGGUCUUGUGACUUCCUACUACAGCCAAGAUGACAGCCAGUCUCAGUCUCCAUCUCAGUCUCCCUCAACUGGUGCAAAGGGUCCUCAAGCUGUCUCUGGGCCUGCUCCUGACUCAAGCCUGCCUCUUGAUGAUGAGCUGGCCUUCUUCUCGGAAACAGAGAUUGCUGGGUCUUCCCCCGAGGAGCCUUUUGACUUGUCUGCCCCUGGAAUGCUCCAAGACGUGUCUGGCCCUGAGGAGCUCACGCUCGUUCCAGAGGUGGAUUCAUUUCCAAUAAAGCCAGUCUACAAAGCGGGUACAGUCAUUCGAAGGCUUGCUACUUUUGAACAUGGCAGGGACGCAUCAAGCUUCUUCGACACUGGAGACAUUAGGCGAGCGUCUGCAAGCGUGGAACCUGAAUCCUUUCACCAAGGUGUUCUGCCUGGGUCGGAACAUGACGACGAGUUCUUUCGUAUGUUCAUCACCGGACAGCUUCCUCCCGGAACCGUGACCCACUUCAGUUCUACCUUUGAGAAUGGAAAAAGUGCCUGGAGUGACUUUGGCUUUGAGAAGAUUCCACCUCCUCCUGCCCCAGCGACGACUGCAGACCAAAACAAAGGUUCACCUGUCACCAAGGGGUCUCAAGAUCCUACAGCACAGAAAACUUGGUGAUUACACGUAAUUCUGGACCACAUGGGAUUUCCAGGCUCUUCAUUCAAUAAAAAAAAUCCUGAAAUCAA